GAUUAAUUACUCCCAGGGUUGACAAUUCUGUAAGAAACCCCCCUAGUUAACUCACUCCGCCUCUAGGUUUGUUUUCUCCGGCCGUGCCCCCCAGUCUAUACAGCGGGACAUGUGGGACCCGAGACCCCUAAUUUGUAUUUGGGUUAAACCCAAAGAUUUUGGUCUGUUUACUGGUCAUAGGGAUGGGGGGGGGGACAAAUACUGGGUCUUAGGGACCCCACAAUCUACUGCAUGUAAAUCAGACUGGUAGUGACAUAAAUUGGCCACUAGAUGCCCCCCAUGAGACAUAGUUGAAGUUUCCCCCAUAAUAAGAUUUUAACGCAGCGAUUGAAUAGGUGGGACCCCCAGCCCCCCAACAAAUAAGAGAGAGUUCUGAUCUCCCCCUGUUGAGCCCCCAGUCCCAAAUGAUGAGAAAUAUCCACCUAUUAAUAAAGAAAUAAAUCCUGAGUUAACCACUAAUUAAGGAUUAUUAUUUAAUUAAUGCAGUAAAUACUAAUGAGCCAUUCGUUUUUUCGCUUUUGCAAAACCCCAUAAGAUUUAUAUGAGGGAAGUGGAGUCACUUGGUGUCUGAAAUCUCACAAUGCGCCUAAAAUACAUGUUACCCUGGGGCAAAUAACAGUUCAUGGGGCAGAUUCACUGCUGGGCACUUUAUUAAGUUCUAUAUCAGUAACUGGGUCCUAAUGUCAGGGCUGCAGGGGCAAAGAAAUGAGCAGAAAUAUUAGGAAUUGCUUUGCUUCCCCUUUAACAGUCACUGUCUAUCACAAUGAUGUCAGAAGAGUCAGUGAUGUCAUUUCCUGCUUGGGGCCCCCAUGCAUCUCACCUGGUUCAGCCCUCAAUGUGUCUGUGGAUCUCGGGGUGAUGGGACCCUUUUUGUGCCUCUUUCUUGCCCUGUGGGGGCCACAGUUCUGUGUGGCGCAGCCAGUUGUACAAAUUCCCAGGUCUCUGGUGGUCCGGCCGGGGGGUGACGUCACAAUUGAGUGCCAACACAAUGACAGCAGCAAGCUCAGCAAGUACUGGUACCAACAGGAGGGGGGCAAAGCGCUGGUGCUUAUGGGGUACACCUACACCACCAGUACCAUAGAGAUGGAGAAAGAGUUCAGCGAGGGGAGAUUCACCAUCACCCCCAAAUCUACACAACACAGUGUCCUGACCAUCUCUGGUGUCUCUGCCCAGGAUAGUGCCACCUAUUACUGUGCCAGCAGCACCCACAGCGACACAGGGAGGGGGAGACACUGUGCAGAACUGACACCCCCCGACCCCUCCUCCUUGCACACACUCCUCCCCCUGCACCCCCAUAUCCAUGAUCCACAGUAA